AGUCCUCUCGGGCCUCCCCUGUUCGCCGCCACCGCCGUCACCGGCACCCCGAGCCCUAGCUCACCUCUCCUCGCCGCAAUCCGCCGCCUCAUGGACCGACAACAAGCCCAGGACUACGCGGCGGCCGCGGCCAUGGCGUACGCGCAGGCUCAGCAGCAACCGCCGCCGCCGCAAUACGGCGGGUACCACCCGCAAGCGCAGUACCCGGCGCCCCCCCACCCUUACGCCGCACCGCUCCCGCAGUACGCGCCCGCGCCUUCUCCCUACGCGCGAGCCAUGCCGCCCGCCUACCCGCACCUCCCGCAGCACCAGCAGCCGCCUCCCCACUUCACGGCGCACCCGCCGCCGCACGUCAUGUCGACGCCGCCGCACCACGCCUACGUGCACCCGCCGCCGCCCUUCGACUCCGCGCCUCCCCCGCCCGCUGCGCCGCCGGCGGACCCGGAGCUCCAGAAGCGCAUCGACAAGCUCGUGGAGUACAUCGGCAAGAACGGACCGGAUUUCGAGGCCAUGAUCCGGGACAAGCAACACGACAACCCGGACUACGCCUUCGUCUUCGGCGGGGAAGGCCACGCCUACUACAGGUACAUGCUCUGGCUCUCGCCGCGCCCCCCGGUGGCGGCGGCGCCGUACCCGCAUAUGAUGCCACCGAUGGGGCCAAUGAUGCGGGGGCCGCCGCCGAUGCACCAGCCAGGGUACCCGCCGUUCUACGACGCGCACCAGCAGUUUGCUGCUGCUCACGGCCAUGGCGAGUAUGAAGCUGCGGCGCAACCCUUCAAGGGACUUUCCGGGCCGCUUCCCACGGAUGUCGCUACUGAGCUGCACGACGUGCUUAGCAAUCUUAAUGGCACCAAGGAAUCGAUAAAGGGAGCCAAGACGUGGUUUAUGCAACGGUUGCCAUUUGCGCAUGCUCUGGCUGAAGCUCUUAGGGAGAGAGUGUUUGCUUUGGAGGACUCGGAGAGGCAGCUGCACAUUAUUUUUCUGGUGAACGAUAUUCUGUUUGAAAGCUUACAAAGAAGAACUAAUAUUCGGGACCUAGACAAUGAGGCUCUUGCUUUCAAAUCUGUCCUGGGCUCCAUGCUUGCUAGGAUUUACAGUAAUCCUCAGGGCAAAGAUGACAACCAGACUCGUGUUGAGAAAAUCCUGCAGUUUUGGGGUUCAAAGGAAGUUUAUGACCAGGAAACUAUCGCUAAUCUUGAAAGGGAGAUGAAAGGUGGGUUGUCAUAUCCUUUGGCACCACGACAUGUUUCACCAGAUCUGUCGACCUUUUCAGGAUCAGCGCAGGUGCACUCAAAAUGGUCCUCGGAACCUCCAGAGAAGGAUAAGACUAUCCAUCCUGUUUCUGCUCCACCCCAAUCUGUGCCACUUGCACAAUUUCCAGCAAACCAUCUUCCAGCUGGUGUUUACCCUCCUGUAGGUCAAACUACUUUUCCGGGAUCUUUGUCAGUGCAACCAUCUUUACCUAUCUCUGUGCUUCCUCAAAGUGCUGCUCCAGCUACUACAAAUGAUUCAAAUCCACCUCCUUAUCCACUCUUCCCCCCUGGCCUCAUUCCCGGAAUGGUUCGAAAGAUGCAAAUCGGGAGUGGUGUGCCAUACUCUCCCUUGAGCCCACUUGACAUCCCCACGGUCAUCCCUCCAUCGACUGCUCCAGAGUCCGAGAUCCUUGAGCGUGUAUCGAAGUUCUUCAGGGAGAUUGGGGAGGUAAACCCAUCAGAAGGUCCAAUGAAGCAAAGUAGUGAGGCUGAUGAUUAUGAUGACUACGAGAGGGAACUUCCUGCUAGAAAGGGAGGCGCGUGCAUUCCUCCCCCGCCUAACCUGCUUGUAAACCCUGAGACAGGGAUGCGUGCUGAUGGCUCAGUUGAUAGCAAACCAGGGUCCAGCCAGCGAUUGGGUCUUGGAGCUUCUGCCGAUCCAAAUGAGGUGAGCCAGUAUGAUGAUGUCUAUUCUUCUUACCGUAAGCAGAGGAGCACUACAUACCAUUCCUCUAUCACUGCUCGCUCAACAUCUAGGUGAAAUUGGCUGGUAUAUUGGGAGCACCCCUUCUCAUCUUCUUUUCUGUUGGUGCGCGAUGAAAGUAGAUUACAUGCGUGGAUAGAAUUGUCAUGUCAAAUUGUUGUACAAUGCUACUUUGUAUUAUUGCAAGAAAAUGUGAACUACGGCUACUUAAAUUUGGGCGUAGUUUGCCAGUCCCAAAUUAUGUCCGUUCCGGACAUGUUGUAUGUCUGUUUUUCCUGGAUUUGGUUUUCAAUGUCUGAAGUCGUGUGUGGGGUUAAUAUCUGAAGCAUUUGAGGA